GUGCUAAAAUCUGACUCAGACGUUAGUGUCUAUUUCACAUGUAAACAAUACUGAGGGCAGGAGGUCUUGUUGCCUUUGAGCCGUGAGGGUCAUAGUGCGAUAACAAAAUAAUGCUGCCCCUCCAACGUACAUAAAUCGUUCAGCGCCGAUACAGAGGCGGCAACAGGAUGGACGACGGCGCAACGGGCGCCGUCGACGACUGGGCGGCCUCCCAGGAGCCGCUCACCGCCGACCAAGUGUACAUCCUCAUGAAGAAGGACUACCGCAUUUCGAGAAACGUCAGGGCGCAGUGGUUCAUUGACAACCUCAACAGGACCGUCACCCUGGACUCAAACAAGAAUGAUGAAUUGAUUGUUUUGUCUAUUGUGCCAUUGGACCCGCCAAAAUGUUGGACGGUCGAAAAAAGUCAUCUUUGUAAAUACGUUAUCACCGCUGCAACACGGGUAAUUUUUCUGGCUGAAAAAUACCGCAUGGUUUACUGCCUCGACAUCAGUCCUUCGCUCUCUGCAGUAGAUAUUCAAAUGGGUGAGGUAAUGCUCGACUGUCUUGUAUCUUCAGUGAAAGCAAGUCUUGAGGCCGUUUCAUGCAAGUUCACAAUUCCUGGUUCGACGAAAGUCUUCCAGCCAGAUGUGUACGCGACGAUUAUCGCGCACACACCCUUCUUCACCUCACCAGCGCAACAGGUUCUAGUCCAGGGAUGGCAAGUUACCCCACAAAACCUUCCACAGUUGCUGAUUAUUCUGGAGAAGCAAUUGCAAGAGCUUGAAGGAAAGGUUGCUGAGGUUUCCGGAAUCGCCCAGGCACAGCUUGACGCUCUCAGAGCUGAGUCAGAGAAGUUGGUCGGAGGAUUGUUCGAAGAGUCUCUGCCGCCUAUGAGUGCUGAGAAUCCUAUGGUCAGUCCUGACACUGGCUUCAUCAACAUGCUGCGCUUUGGAAUGCUCGCUCUCAAGUUGUUACCAGACAGCAGUUCAGCUAACAUAAUUGUGGUGACGGACGGCAUCAUAAACAUUCCGGACGUAAACAUUUUUGACUCGGUGCUGUCGCAACUGCGCAGUAGCACUGUUUGCUGCUCAUUCCUCCAAGUUGCAGGCUCCUUCCACCCUAACUGCUGCAAAGGGUUCGUGCCAUACACUGAGCUAAUGCAUUUUCUGGCCUCAGCCACCCAGGGAGCCUACAUCACGGCUGCUCACAAACUUGAGAUCUCAAAGAAUAUGUCCAUGAAUGUUUUUCAUGAGGCAUUUCUCACCUGGAGUUUUCAACAUUCAGUCAAAGCGUUCAGUCCCAAAUCAGAGCCUCGGCGCAUCCUAGACUGGGACAGAAAUUUUCAAAUGGGCAUUGAAAUCAAAGAUGGGGUGCUUAUGCGUAAGAAACAAGCAGAAGGUGCAUUGAAUGCCCGCCUCAAGGACGUUCUCUCGUGUAGACUUAGGGAAGGAUAUUUCAUAAAGAGUUUGAGCCCUAAGGAUCCGUUAACCAUGGAGGUAUGCCUUGUCCUUCCUUGGAAAAACGAAAUCAACAUUGAGUACCUGAUCACUUCCCAAUCAUCCUCAACAAGUUUGAACUACAUAGUAACGAUUGAAGCUCCCUAUGAGUUUCUCCAUGACAUUACGUGCUUGCUGAAAAAGCCCUUUGAGUCCCCCUUCCGUCGUGCCGUGGUUGCCCGAUUCUGGCACACUUUCAAGAACCUGCAGCACACUGACCAGCUACUAGAGCACCUCCACUCCUUUGGAGACAACGCUUUGAACUACUCGCUGCCGGACAGCGUUAAAAGCGGUGUUCCUCUCUUCCAAGUGCCCACCAGUUCGCAACUUACUGCAGAACUCGCGAGAUACCCUCAUCGGCGGGUGCAGAGCAAUUUGGCAGAUGAACCACAAUACAGCCAAAUCACCAACUUCUGGUUGCCGAUAUGCGUGCUAGAAGCGCCGAUGUGGCAAAAGUGGCUUCACGGACACCGACUAGGCCUUCUGCUAAGGCACGACGAUCCUUUACCUCUUCACCUUCACCAGGCAGCACAGAAUGGCCGCUUCCAGCAGGUGCAGUGCAGGCAUGCAGGGACGCAGCUUAACGCCACCCUCAAAGAUUGGAGCUCCUUCGUUCUCCUCGAGGCAAUAUCUUAUGCCAAACUGAUACAAAACGAAAACGAGAAAACGCCGACCAGCUUUCUCCUGAUGAGGGUUAACGUUAAAGUUCCUUGUGUGGUAAUCAAUAUUGCUUUCCUUGGAGGAGCGUCCGGCAAUGUAAGGCACAAGAUUUUGGAGGAGCUGAAGUCAAAACUACGAGAGCUGCCCUACCCUCGCAAAAUAAAAGAGCCACCAAUGAGAAAAUUUUCAACCGUGAAAAUCAACUCAGUCAGUCCAGAGGAGCAAAAUGCAAAUUACACCAAUGCGGAUCUUAAAUGCUGCAUAUUGCUGGUUAAACCAGUAGAGAAAAUUCUCAUCAGGUAUGAAAGGAUGCCAUUGGACUUUGCCACUGUGGUCUUUCCAGACGGCACUCGGCCAGCUGGAAAAUCAACACUACCCAUCUCUGGGAGCAGCAGUAUGCUCACGACCCUGUCCAGGUACCUCCAUCAUCGCAGGUGGAUUUGGGUGGCUCAGCCAGGAAGCAAAGGCAACAAUCAUCUCAACAAAUUUACUUCGCUCUCUAGAACUCUCAAAACCAUCACUAAUAUAAGGUUGCAGGAAGGGUUCACCUUUGCCCACUCAACAGCCGGCAUUGUCAACAUGUUGCUGGAAGUAACAAUGCAGGCUGGCGUCGACACUCACCCUUGCGUCAUCCAGUAUGUGCUGUUUCCACCCCAUCAAGUAACUAACAAGGAGAGCGGUUCGGAUGAAGAAUGCACAGAAGAAGUGGAUCCAACGGAACCAGAGGGAGAGUUGCAGAUCAUAACUGAAGUGUGGAUUGAGCCUCAGUAUGGACACGUGAUUAAGAGCCCUCCUGAGAGGGCUUACAUGGAUGGUCUGUCUUACGACCAACUUGCUGAUGAGUUGUGCAAGAUGGACGCUGAGUGCAUAUCCUGUCUGCUCACUUUUGAACAUCUCAUUGUGAUCGGAAACGAAAAGGCACCGGCCUCGCUUCCUCCGUCUACCCCUAUUGAUAAAUUUAUUCACGGAGGACAAAAGCACAGCUCCUACGUAAGCAUGAAGAUGUUGCCUGAGCUGCGCAUCAAACUGGUGCCGUUCACAUUCAACUUGGUCAACCUGCUGCCCAAAUGUCAACAGGCUGAAAUGCUAUUUUCUUCUUUUGUUCAAGACCUAGCUUGGAGUUACCCAAUCAGUUACGAAGAAAUGAGCCGGUUGGAUACGGCCAACAACCUCUUGUUGAAUACGGUGUACGAGAGUAUGUUGAAGGUUCAUGACUGCGAAUUAUUUCUCAGCCACGUCGACUCGAAAAUAUUCUUUGACUUUCUCAUAGAGAAGAGCAGGGAUCCUUGCACAUAUGAGUCUCCAAUUAUCCACCAUGGUCAGACAGAAGAUCCAGGGAAAAUGUCUCCGGGAAUUGAUGUCUUCUCUGAAAUACGACUCUGCGACAAAUUCCUGGCCAGUCUAAAGCUGAGCAACUAUCCCAAGUGGAAGUGCUACCUAAAAAGGUUAAACAACUCGCACUUGAUUCUAACCUUCCUACCAGCCAGCUUUGCUGACCUAAAGCUGCUCAUGCUCAACCAGAAAAGCUUGGACGGCAAGGCGCCCAAGGCAGUCAGAUUAUUUCCUGUUGCUAAUGUCAAACGGGACAGUCUAAGUCAACUGCAUCAGGAUGAGUGCACAGAACUCAACGACUCUCUGGAGCGACUGGAAAAGCUCCAAAUACCUGAGAGCUGUAGUGUUCCUGAAAUGAGCGAAGAGGCGAGACCGGCCACGAUCGCGAACGCUCCUUUCAGAAACCGAGCAUACUCGCUGGACGCAGAGCGAAAGCGUGACAUCCGCAAUAACGAUUUCCGCAAGCGACCUCGAACUUGCUCUGUGGAUUUAAAAGAGCACAAUGCAAAGAAACGAAGUCCUCAGCAGUUGAAAAUUUCCGACAUGAGUCCAAAGGCCCCUCCCAAUCAAGAGCCGCAGUUUGGAGCCGUCACUCUGCCCAUUUACGUCUACGACUGCCCUCUUGCCUCUUUGAUUGAUGUUUUGGUGUACAAAGAAAAUGAAAUAAGCUUGGGUGAUAUUUAUGAGGACCACACCUGUAGUGAAGGGGCAGAGGUGCAAGCAGAUGGGCAAGACAGCUCAGAAGUACCUGAAACUAGUGGCAUUGAGGCGAACAGAAUGCACCUGGGAAGCCCGGAACCAAAAUCAGAAGACUUGGACUUGUCCAUAGAAGUCAACUCUCUGAAGAGGCACUGUAAGCAGUUGAAGACAAGCUUCCAGCAUUCGUACGUGUCCGCGCUGUACAAAUCGCUGCAAAUUGACAGCAACAUCAGCGCCGAGGACUUGCAGAAUGCAAUUCGCGUAUGCAGCGAGGUCAGCAUCGAACUGGACUUCACGCGUUUCCUCAUGGCGGUCUGCGGCCACCUGAAGGAGCUGUGGAUCAACCAGCCGUUCGACCUCUUCCGCAGGGAUGGAAAUAGUCUGCGGACGUUUACACUUCCAAAAUCCGAAUUCUGUGGUCCGCUCAAAGCCAAGCAUACAUCUAUCAAGGAGCAGUUUGCCGCCAUCCUGUCUGAUUUUUUCAAAGCUGUUCCUUCUAAUCCCAAGUGCUUCUUCAGCAUCCCAAAGUGGGAGACAGAGAGACAGGUUGAAACCGACCUCAUGGCUGACCACGAAGAUGCCAAUUCAAACUUCAGUCAAGAAUUGAACAGUCGCAGGGGAAGCCAAAGCUGGGACGCUGGAGGUGAUGACACGCACACUUCAGACAGUGUCAGUGAUUUGCCAGAAGAGGAAAUGACGACUGAGCUUUGCCCGCUCUUUCUGCAUCUGAUGUGCUCUGUGCAACAUGGUUCAGAAAGCAAUUCCCAGCAUGUCUCGAGCAUCCCUGUUUGCAUUAAUGAAACUGGGCUGAUUACUAACGAGAUAAAUUUAUCAUCUCUCAAAAUACUGCUCGAAGUGCAGUGCCUGACGCUCCCGUCGAAUAUUGUUGAGCCAACAACGUCACUGCCCAUUGCGAAUAAUACUGCUAUACCAGGUCAAAAUAUCGAACAAACCCAAGUGGAUACUAUCAAUACUCUGGAAACUUCCGUGCUCAGCAACGGCAGUAGUAUUACUGAAACAGAAUUAAAAAGUGAAGAAAUUCUUUCUCGACUGUCAAUCCUGCCAGAAUACUUGCAAAAAGCCGUAACUUCCACCAUCAGCAAAAUAAAAUGGCUCUUGCAAGAUGAGCUGGCGACUUCUCUGCUGGUUGUGUAUCCCCCGCUAGAGUCUACUCUGCAGAUGGUUGCCCAGCAUGUCAUUAGUUCGAGUUCGUUCACUCUGGCUAACUGUUCUGUGCAAAAGAUUCCUCUAAACUUCGUCUUUGGUGCUGAGCAUAGUCUAAACCAAUUCCUUGACAAAUUUGCUCAACUAAGGAUAAACUUCUAUUUCCUUCGGAAGGAAAGCAACUUUUACUACUUGGUGCAGGAUCUCAAUUCUCGACAGCAUAAAAUGCAAUCAACCCCAGUGAACGGACCGAAUUUUAAGUCAAUCGCCACUCCCAGCUCCCUAGCUGAAGACUCGUCUGAGAUGUCCAUGUACCAAAACGACAUCAUCGAAAUUCCCCAGACUCAUUACAGUGAGUCAGACAUUCAGGGUCUGGGAUUGGACAGCACGCCAACAGACGAGCCCCUGUCGAGACCUCUGAGUGACCUCAAGCUGUCUGCCGCAGUGGACUCGAAUCAGAUUGUUGAGAAUAUUCUGCGAGGACGAAAAGCGAGUGCGGACCUGCUCUCUAUGACUGAGAGAAAAGAUUUACCGCCUACCACGCUCUGGUUGGACACGUGCAGUUCUUCUGCGCCCACGCCCAGUCUGGAUAUGAAUAAGGAAAUUCUCAGCAGUGAUUUGCUUCCGGAGGAGAUGGAUCAAGCGAAUCCGGAACUGCUAUGGGACAAGCGUGUUAAAAGCGUGAGCAGACCGGGCAGCAACAAACUGCCUUUUAGCCAGAGAACUAGAAACUUGUCUGGAGCCGUUUCUUCCACUGGACCAAAUAGCGAAACUUCCAGCUUCAUCGAAAGCGGCCAAGGAACCGAAGAAGGCUACGAUGGGGACUCAAGUGAUGACAGCAAUUCCCAGUGUGAUGAUUUUCCCUCGUGGAAUCGGGAACAAAAGGGUGGAGUCAGUUUGCCAAACUUUUGGCUUGUCAUGGAAGUUUGCAAUGAUGAAGUGGUCACGUACUUCCACUGCAGAGCUGAAGGAAAAGAGGCUGUUCGGUUGAGGAAGAUGCACAACAAAGUCAUGUCCAGAAUUAUCGAAACUUGCAAAGAAGUUAAUCAGUUUGCACUUUUGCAAAGCUUGCACGAAACCAAAACUUGCGACGAUUUACUUGAAGGUGAUGCCCCAAAGGAUCUUUGGGAUGCGCCAAAGAGUAGAAGCAAUUCCUAUAAAGAUAAAGUACUCUGCUUACCUGGAAUAUUUUCCUGCGAUGUGGUAUGGGAGACGCAGUUUUUAUUGCAUCCCAGACUUAAAACUGGUCCCGCUAAAAGAGGAAUUCAGGCUCUUGAGUCCGUUCUCAGCAGAUUUCCCGUCAACAACCGGAAAAACAUGUUUGUAUACCAGGAUAACCUGCAGAACGUGUUCUACCUGAGGUUGCACGAGUCAAAUGCGUCGUCUAUGGGCAGCAAAAUGACUCCAAGCUCGAGUUCCAACCAGGGUAUGUUUUUGACUGACGGAGAGAUGACGCCUCCUGGGACCAGUUUUGUCAGGAGCCCCUCCAUAUCUUCGCUGAAAAGGGAUGACGGAUCUAAGAUUGACAUUCGACCCCGCGUGAAGUCCUAUGGUGAGAGAGAUAUGCCAAUGGAUAACUUGUCCUCGCCUUUGCCCAAGAUGGAUGAGAUCGUCAUUCUCAAAGUUCAUGGUAUCACAGAAGCAGGCUCGGCAAUAAAGGAAGACUUGGUGCAAGUGCUGCACAACAGACUUGACGACGCAGUACUGGAAGUUCUUUGCGGCUUGUUCUUGCGAAAUCCCAUGUGUAAACUCACACCAGACGACGUCCAUUUCAUACAGAAGCCUAACCAAAAGGCAGACAUGUCCAUAGAUUUCUCCAUUCAACCAUUUGCCGUUGAAAAUUUGCAAGCGCUUGUCUACUACCUAAGACAAAAUCUGCUUGAGUUUCUCCUCAUUCCAAAGUACACGGACGUCAAAUCAGAAAAUCACUUCCAGGACUACACGCAUGAUGAUUUUUCAAAAGACAGAGUGCCCGAAGAAGACAUCUUUCUGUACAUUCAGAGCCGCACCUCCUCAGGCAACAAAGGCAUGGCUUGCAUUGCGAUGGCUGUCGUGGACAGCAAUGGACGCGUGAUAAUUCCUGAGGGUUUCACCAAACCUUGCAGUCAGGUUCAUGUUGACUCAAUAAUUAACAUGGACUUUGUUACGGCCACUGGCACCGUUAUCUGCGACGAUAUCGAAAAGGAGAAAACCGCCAGGAUCGAGUUCCGCAUUUGGAAGCAGGGCAAGGUGAAUCUGGACCUGCUGACCAAGAACCUGCAGGCGGCCUUGCAGCACUCCUUCUGGGAUCUGCAGACGGAGUACCGGUUGCUCACUCCUCCUCUUUCUCUUGAUGUUCCUGGGACCGAACUGACUUCAUCUUUUACGGAAUCAUCUGCAGUUGAAAUUUCCUCUAUGGUGACUUCGUUCCACGCUGAAUCUCCUUCUUCAGCCACCGUGCCAACCAAGACUCUUCUCUCCACUCCUGGUAGCAUCGAUAAAUUUGAGUCGGGGGAACAAGGGCGACUCCAUCAGGUGUACCAAUGGGUGAUCAGCGAGUGGCUUGGCUAUGCUUUCGAGAUCGGCGUGCCUUCUGUCAAGAAAUUGAUCGUUCACCUUAAAUCUAGGCAAAUGAUCUCGCAGACACUGAAAGAAAUGCAGAAGAUAAUAGCAGUGAAUGCCCCUGACUCGCAAGUUGCCAUUUACAAGAUGUCAUAUUUGAACGAUAUGAAAGUGUUCAUGCCAUACCAGCCAACGGCAUCCUUUCCAGACGGCAGUCGGUGGGAUGACGCAGACAAUUUGCCCACUUGCUUUCUGUUCAGCCGCAACCUGCUGCAGUGGAAGUCGUGUGUUUCUAGCGUAAAGACAGUCGACCCAGACAUCUUGUAUCCUAAGGCGCAUAAGGUCCUGCAGAAGUUUCCGCCACUUCUCGUCACCAACUCUGAUGGCCUGCAAUUUGUGCCCAGACAGCGGCUUGUGGUGGCCAAUCUUUCAGACCAACAGAUCGUCAUUUACACGUACAAUUGGUCAAAGGAUCGGACGGAAAACAUGCACAGACAGAUGGCAGAUUUAGGCAAUUGGUUGGUGGCGCGCUCCAACCUUACCACGACCAUCGUGUGCCAGAAGAUGGGCCUUUUCCACAACAUGAUGUUCAAUCGUCAAACACUAGACCCGAAAAAGGGCCUUUCGGAGCAGUCAAAGCCAACCCUGAAGGACGUAGAGCAGCUGAUAAAGCCACCUGUCAUCACUCAAAAGGACUUCAACAUGGUUGGCGGGCGUAGGUCCAGCGGUCUUCCUUCGAUAGUGAUACACGACGUCUUCAGAGACAAUAAGCCUAGUCGAAUAACCAAGCCCAACAUGGACCCCGUCACCACUAAUGGACAACACCUUCUUGAGCUCUUUGGCAUGGAGAAGAGAGACUCGCAAAAGAAACUCCACCAAUUGUGGGAGUCAAAAUUGGCCAUGCCUAGCAUUCCAGUGUCAGAUGACUUGCUGCAACUGCUUAAACAGCAUUCCAGAGUGGUCCACUUCUGUCUCACACCUCUGCUUUAUCUUCCAAGUUGGCGCAUCCAGGCAGCAGCCACACGGGACCAUACAUUGGCCUCGAAUGUGCCCUUGAAGAACCAGGACAUGAGCAAAUCUUUUCCCUUAGCUCCGCAUUCCAGACACGAGUCAGGCAGCUCGAUUAAGAGCACUGGCGAGGUGGGAAAAAAUACUAAAUCAUCACCUCACGCGUCACCAAAAUUCAAGCAGGGUGAGGACCAGUGGCACACAAAACUGUGUCUCAGCUUCAUUGAGGAGUACAAACACUACCUCAGCACGGUCGGCUUUUUGUCUAUUCAAACCGAUUCCUCUUCGCCAAAGAAAAGCUUGAAAAAUAUCAGCAAAGAUGAAAGACAGCGCAAACUGAGCGGCUCCAGCGUGCUUUCCUCCUCAUCUUUCAAACGCCAGCGCGAGGACAACACAAUUUGCCACUUUUUGCAGAAGUGCCACUUAGGGGGAAUCCUCAUUUUUGUCAUUUCGCUGCAUGAGCCUUUCAUUCAAGUCAAAUUGUACGCCAUUGAAAACGCCAGACUUCAAGCAAAUUUAGUCGACAAUGGACACAUCCUGCACAAUCAGUACUUGUUCCCAUUUCUCGACGAGUGCGAUAAGAUCAAAAUAGCGAUGCACCUGCACUCGUUCGCGUAUGACCACCACUUGCGUUGUAUCCAUAAUUACAUCACCAAGCAUAACAGUCUGCUCUCGCUCAACUUCCACCUGAAAAACUUCCUCGACGACUUUAUCAAAUACUACUCCAAGGCCCCCAACUUCGCCAGGAAUCUCGUUUACGCUGACGGUGUUAGAGUUACGGACACAAAAAUGCCAGCUCUACAGCUGUUCAACUUUUUGUGGACUCACGUGGACCUUUACAAGAUGGAAGUGUUCUGCAUGAGCCCUGAAAACGAGUUUGCUACGGAAAAUGAGUACGUGCUAGUGCAGCUGAAGAGUGUAAUUGCCUCUGAAGAAAAUAAUAAGCAAAACAUGGAUAAACCCGAUAAAGAAGAAAUUAAUAAGCAAAAAAUGGAUGUACCCGAUAAGGAAGAAAAUAAUAAGCAAAAACCCGAUAAACCAGAAAUUUUUGACGUCACGCUGGUGGUGUCAAAUGUGCCAGGUGGCGAAGAGGAUGUCGGCAAUGCCACCAACGUUCUCAACCUGAAAUAUUACAUCCUGCUCACAAGCCACAGCAAAAUGUUCCCAAAAAUUGCUAUCGAGGUUGAGCGCAGUCUUGGCAAGUUCCGCAACGUGCCGCUGGCUACGCCGCCGCACUUUCCCUCAUACAUGUCCAUGGCGGCCAGCAAUGCCGGCUUUGAUGACAAGGGCCUGCCCGAAGAAAGUCCUUCCGGCACAGAUGACAUCUGCGAAGACGAAAACGAUGAAGCCUCACGCGUGGAGCCGCAGCUGUCGUCCGACAUGCAGCUUUCUUCCGACAUGCAGCUGCUCUUCCCUCAAAUAGAAAUCAAGCAGGAAAACGUUAAGUACAUGGGCUAUUACUCGCUGCACGAGCAGACGAUGCAACGGCUUAUCCUGGAUCAAGCCAACAAGGCGAGGGAUCAGGUGCUUAGCAUGGUGCAUCAGGGCAUGGAACACUGCCGCACGCACAUACUGUGGGAGACAUUGCUCCGCACCUCUGCCGAAGCGGAGGACAAAGCCAAGAGAAAAGAUCUGACGUUCAACGAAUUUCACGAGCUUCUCCGACUGGCCUCAAUGGAGUCGCUGAGUAGUCUUGACCCUCGUCUGAACCCGUUGCUGUGCCAGCCGCUGCUGUGGUACCAGAACUUAGAGAAGGUGCUGAUCGCCAAGUACGGCGCCAACGAGAUUCGCCGCUACAGCUCUGGGGACCAGGGCAUCCAGCACACAGUUGUGCUCUCGACCAAUUAUCUUGAAGCCUUUAUGCUGCUCUCAGUUGAUUCUCACACCUCCAGAGGGGAGCUGUCUGUGGUGUGCAGAAAGGGUCACGUGGAGACCCUGCACAGUCUGAGGUACAACUCGCCGUUGCUGCGGGGCUUGGUCGAAGACUUUGUCAACGCCUGCUCAUUCCACCUCUGGGCUAGCCUCAUUUAAUCUAUUUGAUACCCACUCAAGACUGACAACCACAAUGUAGAUUCCGUUUUAGGUUUUCCACUCAGUCUUCAUACUUUUACUCAUAUUUUGCAGAUUUUCCUUUACAUGUAAAAAUAAUGUGAUCCCAUAUUGGUUCUGAUUGUGUUGCAGGAUACAGAUUUAUACAAUGUUGGUUGUUUUAUCAAUUCUAUUACUCAUCAAAUGAUCAAUAAAUGAAAUUAUUGUUAAAUGCAACUCA